CUUUUCUCUUCUUUUGUUCCUGUCUCUAAACAAAAACUGAAUUUGUAUAAAUAUAUACAACAUAUAAAUGUAUAGAUAGAGAUAAAGAAAGAAAGAAAGAUUUGGUAUCUGUCUGUCUGUGUGUUUGUACAUCAUAUGUUCUGAAAUCCAAACCAAAUCUAAUAAAAUGGAGGCCUUAAAUUUCGCUACUACUUAUCCUGCUUCCCGCCAUUUCUUGCCAAGAAAAACAAAGACAUGUUUCGCUCACGCGCUCUCAUUUCGCUCUUCUACUUCAUCCUCGAGGGAAUUAUGGGGGAUAGUGAAUUCACAAAGGCUAAUUACAGUCGGAAAAAGGAACGAAAGCGCGAUAAUCAGGGCCGAAAUGUUUGGGCAGCUCACUAGUGGCCUUGAAUCCGCCUGGAACAAACUCAAGGGAGAAGAGGUGCUAACGAAGGAGAAUAUUGUCGAACCCAUGAGGGACAUUAGGAGAGCACUUCUAGAAGCAGAUGUUAGCCUUCCCGUUGUAAGAAGAUUUAUUCAAGCUGUAAGCGAACAAGCCGUUGGUGUUGGCGUUAUUCGUGGAGUCAGACCAGAUCAGCAAUUGGUCAAAAUUGUAAGUGAUGAGCUCGUGAAGUUGAUGGGUGGAGAGGUUUCUGAAUUGACAUUUGCAAAGUCUAGCCCCACGGUGAUCUUACUGGCUGGUCUGCAAGGGGUCGGGAAGACAACUGUCAGCGCAAAGUUAGCUUAUUACCUCAAGAAACAGGGAAAGAGUUGCAUGCUGAUUGCUGGAGAUGUAUAUAGACCAGCUGCUAUCGAUCAACUGGUUAUUUUGGGAAAACAGGUGGAUGUUCCUGUGUAUACAGCAGGAACUGAUGUGAAACCAGCAGAAAUAGCUAGGCAAGGCCUUCGAGAAGCUAAAAAGAAGAAUGUAGAUGUAGUUAUUAUGGAUACAGCAGGAAGACUUCAGAUCGACAAAACUAUGAUGGAAGAAUUGAAAGACGUAAAACGGACAUUGAAUCCAACUGAAGUUUUGCUUGUUGUGGAUGCAAUGACUGGUCAAGAAGCUGCAGCUUUGGUGACAACCUUUAAUCUUGAAAUUGGAAUUACUGGAGCCAUUUUAACUAAGCUAGAUGGAGAUUCAAGAGGUGGAGCAGCUCUGAGUGUUAAAGAGGUAUCAGGAAAGCCAAUCAAGCUUGUAGGACGUGGAGAGCGAAUGGAAGACCUUGAACCCUUCUAUCCAGAUCGUAUGGCAGGACGAAUCUUGGGCAUGGGGGAUGUUCUCUCAUUUGUGGAGAAGGCACAAGAAGUUAUGAAACAAGAAGAUGCUGAAGAUUUGCAGAAGAAGAUCAUGAGUGCAAAGUUUGACUUCAAUGACUUCUUGAAGCAAACUCGUGCCGUUGCACAAAUGGGUUCCAUGUCUCGUGUUCUUGGAAUGAUUCCUGGAAUGGGAAAGAUUACUCCUGCACAAAUUCGAGAGGCUGAAAAGAGCUUACAAAUAAUGGAAGCAAUGAUUGAAGUAAUGACUCCAGAGGAAAGGGAGAAGCCUGAAUUGCUUGCCGAAUCCCCUGCCAGGAGAAAGCGAAUUGCUAAAGAAUCUGGAAAAACUGAGCAACAGGUGAGCCAACUUGUUGCUCAGCUUUUCCAAAUGCGUGUUCGGAUGAAAAAUUUAAUGGGUGUAAUGGAAGGUGGAUCUGUUCCUGCACUCAGCAACCUCGAAGAGGCAAUGAAAUCCGAACAGAAGGCUCCUCCAGGUACUGCAAGGAGGAAGAGAAGAUCAGUAUCGAGGAAACAAUUUGCAGGCUCAUCAGGAGAGCCUGGCCCUCGUGGUUUUGGUGGUGGGAACUGAAAGUAUUGAAGACUUGUAGUUGGUGCUAAAUCAACAAAUGGUAUCCUCAUGGUACAGGGCGAUUUACGUGUAGAAUAAUCUUGCGGAUUAGAUAGAUGAUUGUAGCCUUGAAAUGAGAAAGGUGUAAAGUAGCUUAACGAUCAAAAGUUCGUGCAUAGUUACGUAAAACUGAUCGAUACAGCUUUGGAGAACCAGAAAUUUUUUUAUUAUAUUAUAACUCUACAAAGUGAAGAAUUUGUGUUUAA